AGAAGUUCCUGCUGAAGAAGUCUGCGGAUUCAGCCAGCGAUGGCUCUGGGCUGCUCGUAGGGGCGACUGACAGCUAGCUGAUAGCGCCUCGUUCCUAAUAAGGUGAUGUGCGAGUCCUUAAGCUGAAGCCCGGGGGCGGCAGAGGAGAUGGCGACGUGCCAGGCGGGAGGAGGAGGCGGCGGGGCCGGCCACCACGGCCACCGCCGGCAGGAGUCCAUGUACGCCAUGACGGGCCUCUACUCGGAGACCGCGUCCGCAGACGAGGACCUCAACGACUCGAACGCGACCGUCACGACGACGGUGAGCGCCGGCACGUCCGGCGGCUGCUGCCACGACUCCGUGGUCAAGUGCCACAGCAGGAACCCCUCGUCCGGGCUCGUCGACAGGAGUGAAAAGGAACGUGCACAUUCCGCGUAUCCAGAACUUACUGCUGCCAUCCUUCUUCGUGAUUCGAAGGAUUGUGGUAUCCUUAACUGUAGGCCUCCAUUCUUGCAGAGGUUUGCGAGUAUAAAGGUGUUUGUCCUAUUGUUAUCAUUCCUAGUAACACUGCAACAAGCACUUAGCUCAGGGUAUAUUAACUCUGUAAUUACAACAAUUGAGAAGAGGUUCGAAAUACCGUCCAGUCUCUCAGGCCUAAUAGCUUCAUCAUAUGAGAUUGGAAAUGUCAUCACAGUUAUAUUUGUUAGCUAUCUGGGCAGUCGUCGGCACAUUCCUGUGUGGAUAGCAAUUGGUUCUGUUAUCAUGGGCAUUGGUUCCAUGGUUUUUAUGGUCCCACACUUUAUAGCAGAACCAAAUCUGGGCACGAUGCUUGCCAACUCAAGCUCAGACAAUAUUUGUAGGGGAGUGUCUUUGAGGGAACAGGACAUGGGACUUGGAAGAUUAUCUUCAGGCCUAUCGUCACCACCGUUGGCCCCACACAACAACCUCCGUGGUGACAACUGCAUACAGGGGUCACCAUCAACAGCUGGCCCCGUCAUGCUGUUCCUAGUGGCACAACUUUUACUUGGUUGUGGAGGUUCACCACUUUUCACCCUUGGAACAACGUACAUAGAUGACCAUGUUCGACCAGAAAGUGCCUCUCUCUAUAUUGGCUGCAUGUACAGCAUGGCAGCAUUUGGACCAGUCCUAGGAUUUCUCCUUGGAGCUUAUCUUUUAUCAUUCCAUAUGGAUUCCUUUUCUGGAACCAUAGUUAAUAUAGAUCCUGGAGACCGCCGUUGGGUGGGAAUGUGGUGGGGAGGUUUCCUCUUGUGUGGCCUCCUACUGAUUCUUGUUGCCAUUCCAUUUUAUGCCUUCCCAAAAACUCUGCAGAGAGAAAAAGAGAAAAUUCGUAUGUUGGAAAAAGCUCGUCCACCAGAUGCCCCUAGGCCACAUAAGUCUACAGACCCAAACACGUCUUGUGGGCAAACAAAUGAUUCAGGCUAUGGGAAAGAUAUAAAAGACAUUCCACGCUCAAUGUGGCGACUUGUGUGCAAUCCUGUUUACGUGGUUACUUGUUUGGGUGCCUGUAUGGAACUUAUUAUUGUAUCGGGUUUUGUUGUGUUCCUACCAAAAUACCUGGAGACGCAGUUCAGUCUUGGAAAAAGUCAAGCCAGUGUAUUUACAGGUUCAAUAGCAAUACCUGGAGCCUGUAUCGGCAUCUUCAUGGGUGGCUGCCUCCUUAAACGUUUGGAACUGCGACCUAGGGGUGCUGUGCAGUUUGUUCUGAUCUCUAACACAAUAUGUCUAGCCUGUUAUGGGUUGUUGUUCUUCCUUGGCUGCGACAAUGUGAAGAUGGCAGGAACAACAAUACCAUACUUCAACAGCUCCAAACAUGAGCCAUUCCAAGUCAAUUUAACAGCUGCGUGUAAUUUUGGCUGUGAGUGUCGCAUGAAUGAUGUCGAACCUGUAUGUGGCAAUAAUGGGCUGACAUAUUUCAGUCCUUGCCAUGCUGGAUGUACUGCAUUCUCAUCCAGAUCAAACUACACUAAUUGUGCCUGCAUCCAUGGAAACUUCAGCCUGCUGACUGGAUCGGGUCCACAAGCGGCUGAGUUUGCAGAAGUUACAGUUGUUCCUGUAGCAACUGCUGGACCCUGUAAUUCCCCCUGUAGAACAAUUUUUCCAUUUCUUAUACUACUUUUCUUCAUGACCUUCAUAGUUGCUGUUACCCAGAUGCCACUGUUAAUGAUAGUACUAAGAUCUGUGGGUGAGGAGGAACGGUCCUUUGCGUUGGGUAUGCAAUUUGUCAUAUUUCGACUCUUUGGCUACAUACCAGCUCCUAUCUUGUUUGGUAAUUUAAUUGAUUCCACAUGCCUUCUUUGGAAAAGUGAAUGUGGAGAGAAAGGUGGACGUUGCCUCUUGUACGAUAUUGAACAGUUUCGCUUUAGGUAUGUGGGUAUAUGUGCCGGAAUUAAAAUACUGGCAUUAGCCCUCUUUAUUGUUGAUUGGUGGUUGGUGCGGAGGAGGCGACAAUUGGAAGAGCAAGCUGUAAUGACAGUUAAUGAUCUUGUUGGUUCAAUCAUUAGCCUUGACAAAUUGUUUGAGGAACGUCCCGCCACAAGCCAAACAGAUGUGAAGACCCUCACAGUGACUACAUCGUACCCAGCAUCUGAACAACCAACGCCUUCGUCGGACUCAUCAGUUGAACCUGUUGAGCAGCGACUGGUGCCAGUGAUUCCACCGCCCUCUGAACUGCAAAAGCUUGAGGGUCCGCCUGAAUCAGUCCAGUCACCUUCCUGUGAUCCAGUUUGUGAUGAUGUGUCGUGUGUACCAUCUGUGACUAAAAGUGAGAAAUGGGAUCACAGUAAAGAUAGUCCUGCCGGUGUAGGAGUUUAAUGAAAAUUGCUGCCUUAGAAACAUGGUUAACUCAUCCGUGAUGAGUGUGAUAUUUAUUUACAUAGAUGGACUUUCCACAUGCAGCUGAGUUAUUUCAGAUUACUGCUGCAGCAGCAUAAAAGACUUAUUUUAUUACACAGAGGCAUGUGUAGAAGGUAGAUGCAUCAAGCUUUAUUUUCUGUAGCUAAGCCUGUCGUAUUGGCUGUAUGUUCCUUGCACAUACUGGAGUUUCCUGUGAUGCUGGUGUGUCAGAAAUGACGAAUGGUGUGUGAAAGAGAUUUUAAUUUUGUAACUUAUUUAAUUCCUGCCUUAUGAACAUAAAAACUGUUACAGUGAAAUGUGAAUGCAUAAAUGAGCAUUGUGGGGAUCCAAGACUCGCAGCAUAUGAAAUAACUGCUGAUUCCAAGACACUGGUAUUGUUAUCUUGCACAUCCAAGUUGCUUCCAGUUUAAGCUCUGUGCUGAAAAUAGCAUGGCUAAAGUAGUUACAAUGAUGACAGCUUAAAGCUGUGAUACGUUGAUAUGUAUUAAACAAAUUAUUUAUUAUUAAUAAUUAUUUUUCAGUUAAAUGACAAUGUAAAAUUGAUGAAAAGGUACAUUGAUUUGUUGUAAGUGAUAUAACUAAGGGUGUGUUUCAUCAAUAAAUGUCUGUGAUUGAAUGGAAUUUCUAUAAUUUGUUGAUCUCAAAACAUGUAAGUCAAUUCCAAAUCUUGAGAAAAUAAUGCUGUGAAGUGCUGUGAGGUCACUGAAAAGUAAGACAGAAAUGUGAAUAAUGUGAAUGUCAAUAGUUUUCUAAAAAAUAAAAUAGAAAAUCUUGUUACUAUUUAUAAUUUUAUAAAAACGAUAUAAAGGCAUAUAUUUAUAUGCCAUAUUGUAUGUAUGUAAUUGUAAAAUACCUUAUUAUAUAAUUCAUAAUUGUGACACGUGAAACAAUGUGAGUCAACAGUUUUCAUAUUUUCUUUCUAUGUUUCUUACUCUUUUAAUUGCAGAUUGUUUUUAGCAAUUUAUAUGAGGCUGUAUUUUAGACUCAAUAUUUUUAAUAUCCAAAAUU